AUGCCUAUGAAAAUAGAAGAUUUAUAGGAAACACAUAAAAUAAUUUAUGUUCACCCUUAAAAUUAUAGACAAUAUAGCAUGAUUGAAGAGAGAAACAGCUUAUACGGAGUUAUCGUAGACUUUAGAUUUUUAUAACAAAUAUUGACAAAUUAAUAUUUAACAAGUUCACACUUGUUGUUCUAUUGUAACUUAUUUAGACAUGCCUAUUAACAUACAAAAGUAACAAAAAUUUGA